AAAAAAAAAAAAAAAGAUAUGAAACCAAACAGGGCCUUCUUGACCUUAAAAAAAUGAGAAAUAUCUCGAUUGUCUUCGCCGCUUUGCAACACAUAUAUUGGAAACCCUAGAGAGAGAUCCGUUGAGCUCUGUUUUUCGUUUUGUUCUCUCUCUAGAAUCUGUAACUCAUAGCUGUUGCCUAUUUCAAGAUCCGUGAUGCAGUGGCUGAGAUUUCCCUGAUUCAAGAUCUGGAGAAAUCGAUCGGUUUCCUCCGUGGAUCUUCGUGGCUAAUUUAACAUUAAUUGUUGGAUUAGUGACCUGAAUUGACGAAUUUCGCGGUUUCAAUACGAUAAAUUUAUUUUGUUUUAUUUUAUUUUUAUUUUUUUGGGGGUUUUUGCCGAGGAAUGCCGCUCUUACCGAAAACAGAUGCGAUCCUAAUUCGCGAGGUAUGGAACGAAAAUCUCGAGGAGGAAUUCAGCUUGAUCCGCGAAAUCGUCGAUGAUUACCCGUACGUCGCCAUGGACACCGAGUUUCCAGGAAUCGUUCUUCGCCCGGUGGGGAAUUUCAAGAACAGCUACGAUUACCAUUACCAAACCUUGAAGGACAACGUUGAUAUGCUGAAGCUGAUUCAGUUGGGUCUGACAUUUUCUGACGAGCAAGGCAAUUUACCCACUUGUGGAACCGACAAGUACUGCAUUUGGCAAUUCAAUUUCCGCGAGUUCAAUGUCAACGAGGACGUCUUCGCCAAUGAUUCCAUCGAGCUCUUGCGCCAGAGCGGCAUUGAUUUCAAGAAGAACAACGAGAAGGGAAUUGAUGCCCAGAGAUUCGGCGAGCUCCUGAUGUCUUCGGGAAUCGUGUUGAAUGAUAGCGUUCAUUGGGUCACUUUUCAUAGUGGGUAUGAUUUCGGCUACUUGCUUAAGCUGUUGACUUGCCACAAUUUGCCUGACACACAAGUUGGAUUCUUUAAUUUGAUUAACGUGUACUUCCCGACGGUGUAUGAUAUCAAGCAUUUGAUGAAGUUUUGUAAUAGCCUUCACGGUGGCUUGAACAAGCUCGCCGAAUUAUUGGAAGUGGAAAGGGUUGGUAUAUGUCACCAGGCCGGUUCAGAUAGUUUGCUUACAUCUUGUACAUUCAGGAAACUGAAAGAGAAUUUCUUUAGCGGUUCUAUGGAGAAGUAUGCUGGUGUCUUGUAUGGUUUAGGUGUUGAAAAUGGACAGAGUACUCAGAAAAAUUAAAAACUUAUAAAAAAGAAAAAAAGAAAAAAAUUAUUAGAAAGUUGUUUGUUUGAUUGUAUGUCUGUGCCUGAUAGGGUCGCAUCUCUAUGUACACUUUUGGCAACAAGUUUCUUAAUUUAUGUAUUUUUAUGAUUA